GUGGUGGAGGAGACCCCGCUCUGUACAUGGCAUGUUUCACUAGCAUCUCUGUGUAUGAUCGCGGUACUGCCACAUAGGAACACUGCAGUGGGAGCUCAAUGCUUCUGGUGAUUACCUCCAGGGAGAUUUUUCAUCCAAAGCAGAGUAUGGGGACCGCACUUAUACUGGGUGUAUUCCUGCAGCUCUGCCUGGCAGCAACAGAUAAACCAAAAUUAAGUUCUAAGAAUGAUAAGAUUCUCAUAGCUUCAAACUGUACACUAAAUAUUACAUGCAGAGGGGAGCGGCCAGUGGUUUGGUCAUUUCCUGUGGCCGUUAGUACUACUGAUAACCGCACGUCCGUGAGUCAGUGCGGUGACAGCGCCUACUGCCUGGCGCUUGUGGUGGCCCAGCUCACACCCAAUGACACUGGAAUCUACAAGUGCCUUUUUGAAGGUACCAACAGCACAUCAAGUGUCCAUGUUUAUGUUGUAGAUGAGAACUCGUCUCCAUUUGGGCCUUCAGCAAGUGAUAGUCCAAAUCCUGUGUUCAUCCAUGGUAGUCUCAUGGCCAAUGACAGCGUAAUAAUACCAUGCCAAGCUUCAAGGGGGGAUCUCAAUGUGACACUACGUACGAAAUAUGUAGACAACACAUUUGUUCCUGAUGGUCACAGUGUGAAGUGGGACAAGGAGAAUGGUGUCACAAUCCACAGUGGAUUGGUGAGGUCUUUUGAUAUGGUCUUCUGCGAAACAGCUAUUGGUGGAGAAACAUACAGGUCCCCUAACUACAUGAUAAUAGUGAUAGAAUUUAAGAUGUAUAGCCUGUCUAUGAACCCGCACCCUCAGAUCCAACUGGCCGUUGGGGAGAAGCUGUCACUAAAUUGUAGCGCACGCACCCCUUUAAAUGCCAGAGUCAGUCUCAAAUGGGAUUAUCCUUCAUUGGCACAAAAGCGAGCAGAGGUGAGAGUACAGAGGAAUGACUUACCUGGGGAACUGGAGCACUUGGGAUUCCUGAAAAUAGAAGAGGUGACUUUGAAAGAUGGAGGAAUUUACAGCUGCACAGCAGACACCGGGGGCAUGAACAAAACUAACAGCACAACAGUCAUUGUACAUGAAAAACCUUUUAUAAUAAUUGAUAGUACAAUGGAAAAGUUGUUCAUUGUUAAUGCUGGCGGCCGUGUCAAGAUACCGGUGAAGUUCACAGCAUAUCCUCUGCCUGAUGCCAAAUGGAUGAAAAAUGGGAAACUUCUGCACCACAAUCACAGAUUUCCAUAUCUCCUGUCAAUCAAUGAAUGUAGUGAAAGGGAUGCUGGGAAUUAUACAGUUAUUCUCACUAAUCCACGGACAAAGCAUCAGGAAGAACACACUUUUCAGCUCAUUGUAUAUGUUCCUCCGCACAUAUGUGAAAAGUCCGUGUCAGCCACUCAGGAGUCGUAUAAGUUUGGCAGACGUUCCACUCUUACCUGUACAGCAUCUGGGAUUCCGGCGCCGGUGCACAUCCAGUGGUCAUGGCAGCUGGAGGAGGAGUGUACAUUCUCACCACAACUGUAUGAAAUAGGAAAAAAUCCUUACAACUGCUUAGAAUGGAGGGAUAUUGCUGACAAGCAUGGGGGGAAUGUGGCUGAAACACAUGAAAGUCGUACAGAUGUCAUAGAAGGAAAAAUUAAGACUGUGAGCAAGCUGGUUAUUCCGGCCGCCAAUGUAUCUGCUAUAUACAAGUGCUCAGCCAGAAAUCAAGCUGGAAAUGAUGAGCGCAUCAUCGCCUUUCAUGUCACACGAGGCCUUGACAUCAGCGUGCUCCCCAAGAACAAGCUCACUGAACAUGACAAUAUAAGUCUGAGAUGCAUUGCUGAUCAGCUUACAUAUGGGAACCUGUCGUGGUACAAGCUGAGCCCGUCUAUGUCAACCAACUGGUCAAUGCCCAUCUGUGACAGCAUGGACACGCUCAUACACAUGGAUUCCACCACGACGUACAUCAGAGGAUUAAAUGUAACCUUGGAGCUCAGUCUGCGGGACAUCUCUAUGUAUGACCAGGGGGACUAUGUCUGUGUAGUACGAGACAAGAAGACCCAGAAGAGAUACUGUUUGACCACACGUAUAGCGAUUGACGCCCAGAAACCUCCUGUUAUUCACCAAGAGCUGAAGAACCAGACAACCAAUGUUAGUGAAACUUUGGAAGUGAGGUGCCAGGUCACCGGGACACCCGAUCCGCAAAUUCUGUGGUUUAAAAAUGCUGAGGCUUUGGUUGGAGACUCAGGUAUUAUAUUAAAGGACCGGAAUAGAACAUUGACCAUACAGAGGGUUAGGAAGCAAGAUGAGGGCGUCUAUUCUUGCCGAGCCUGCAAUGACCUGGGGUGUGCAGAAGCAGAAAUGCACUUUACAGUGAACAGCUCAGAAGAGAAAACAAAUCUGGAGCUCAUUAUUCUAGUUGGCACCGGUGUGAUUGCCCUGUUCUUUUGGUUGCUUCUUGUAAUCAUCCUCCGGACCGUAAAGAGGCCCAAUGGAGGGGAACUUAAGACUGGCUACUUGUCUAUCAUUAUGGACCCCAGUGAAGUCCCCCUGGAGGAGCAGUGUGAAAGACUCUGUUAUGACUCGAUGAAGUGGGAGUUCCCUAGAGACCGGUUGAAGCUAGGGAAACCUCUUGGCCGUGGGGCUUUUGGACAAGUUCUGGAAGCUGACGCGUUUGGGAUUGAUAAAACUGGUACUUGCAAAAUAGUUGCAGUGAAAAUGCUGAAAGAGGGGGCAACUAAUAGUGAAUACACAGCACUAAUGUCGGAGUUAAAAAUCCUCAGUCACAUUGGUCAUCACCUGAAUGUUGUAAACUUGCUUGGAGCCUGCACCAAGCCAGGAGGUCCAUUGAUGGUGAUUGUUGAAUACUGCAAGUUUGGGAAUCUGUCUGCAUAUUUAAGAGGCAAAAGGAAUGAAUUUGUUUUGUACAAGACUAAGUCUGUGCGGUACAGACAGAGCAAGCAGCACUAUGUUGAAGCACCCAGGGACCUGAAGCGCCGGUUAGACAGCAUUGCCAGCAGUCAGAGUUCUGCCAGUUCUGGGUUUGCUGAAGAGAAAUCUCUCAGUGAUGUUGAGGAGGAAGAAGUAGCUGACGAGGUGUGCAAGAACCAACUGAGCAUGGAGGACCUCAUCUCAUAUAGCUUCCAAGUGGCCCGAGGCAUGGAGUACAUGUCCUCGCGCAAGUGCAUCCACCGGGACCUGGCAGCGCGGAAUAUAUUACUGGGUGAAAACAAUGUGGUCAAAAUCUGUGACUUUGGUUUGGCCCGAGAUGUCUAUAAAGAUCCGGAUUAUGUCCGGAAAGGAGAUGCUCGGCUUCCUCUUAAAUGGAUGGCGCCAGAGACUAUUUUUGACAGAGUAUACACCACACAAAGUGAUGUGUGGUCAUUUGGGGUCUUGCUCUGGGAAAUAUUCUCCUUAGGAGGAUCCCCAUAUCCUGGGGUACAGAUUGGUGAAGACUUCUGCAGACGACUAAAAGAAGGAACUCGAAUGAGAGCUCCGGAUUAUGCAACAGUUGAAAUAUAUCAGACAAUGCUAGACUGCUGGCACGGAGAGCCUAGACAAAGGCCCAUCUUUUCCGAACUAGUGGAGCAUCUGGGAAAUGUGUUGCAAGCUAAUGUACAAAUGGAUGGAAAAGACUAUAUUCCACUUACAGUGACUUUGAACAUUGAAGAGGAUUUUGGUCUCUCUGUGCCGACCUCACCUGUUUCCUGUAUGGAAGGAGAGGAAAUAUGUGAUCCUAAAUUCCAUUAUGAUAACGCAGCUGGAAUACGGUCCAUUAAAACCACAAAGAGAAAUAGCCGGCCUGUCAGCGUGAAGACAUUUGAGGACAUUCCCGUUGAGCCUACAGUGAAAGUUGCUCCUGACGACAACCAGACAGACAGCGGGAUGAUUCUGGCAUCAGAGGAACUGAGAACACUGGAGAACACACCAAGUGAUGUACAGUUCUUCAGCCUUCUGAUGCCCAGUAAAAGCAAAGAGUCCGUCACAUCAGGAUCUUCCAACCAAACCAGUGAUUACCAGUCCGGGUACCACUCCGAUGACACUGACACUGCUAAUGACACAAAUGAAAAAACUCAGCUUCUUAAAAGAGAGAGCCCGUCUGAGAUCUGCUACGUGGAAAAGCAUCCUCACCAGGCCGUGGUGCAGUUGAGCACCGAAGUUUAGACGCUCUGGACUUUUGCUGGCCCCAUCAACAAAUGCACUAAUGUAGACUGAGUCUUUGGAUAUCCAUUCUGCAGCAGGCAGGAAUAUACUUGUCUGUGUUUCUGCAUUGCAACACGUAGUGCCUUAAAUGGAUUAACAGCAGAGUAUCUGUAUACUGCUGUAUAAAUAGGGUAUGGACUUUUGGAAAACCUUAUUUCAUAUCUGGACACAGAAUGUCUGUGAGAGUCAGGUUUCCUGAAGACUGGAAGGAUCGAUAUGGAAUCCCCCACUUCCAAACAUUCAAUGGCUGAAUCAUGAUCAUUGGACACACCUUGGAUGUACUAUGCAGGUCAAGAAUCAUAAUGGAUUGUGGCACAUUGUUUCUUGGAAAUCUAUAUAUAUUAGUUUUAUAUGCAUUCUUUUGCAUUUCAUUCUUAUACCUGACUAUGGGAAAAUGUACGCUGGUCUUGCGAUAACCGUGCAGAAAGGGUGUAAAAUGAACAAAUAUAAAGAGAGUUCUUUGUUCAAGAAUAGGAUUCAGCACUCAUACAGUGAGUACACGUUACUAGUUAUGCCAUUGGACAAUCUUGCUCAAUCUUGCUCAUUGCGUCUUAAGCUAGGCAACCCGUGGUUAAUAUUGGCAGACAUGGCAUAGAACAGCCAAACAGCUUCUGCCAGGCCAAAUUGCCAUGACAUGUACGGAAGCAUGCUGUACAUGGUAACAUGUAUGUAAUGUACAUGUGCCCAUUUCUGACUCACUCUCUAAGGUGGGUUAUUGCUGCAGUUUCCAUGCACACUUUUAUGGUAUCCCAGGAUCUAUGCAGAACAUCGACCCAGUGAAUUAAGGUUGGAGAGGACAAAUGCCUGAGUGUCCUUGAAAAGAACAUUGCACCAAAUAUUUGCUACUUUAUUACAGGUGUGUGUCUUGCAUGGUAUUGAAUGCAGCUCUGUGUAUACUAUAACAAAUGGGAUCCCAUAACAAAUAGCUCUUUCCUGGAUUUAUGCUAAAGGUACCUGUAGGUACAGUACAGAUCUGAUGGAUUUAUGUGUAAUACUACUGUAGAAGAAAUUACCUGGAUGGUUGAGUCUGAGUGAGGGCUGUAAUCCAAGUGAUGAAAUGGUUAUAAAGCUAGCGAUAAAGCAGGUGGGGAUGAGGUGCUGCUGCCUAUAGGUGCCUUUAGGUGUGUGCUGGAUGCGGUCAUGUGACCGGCGCUCAGGAUCCCGGCGGUCACCAUGCCAACACUGGAAUCCCAAGCAAUCACAAUGCCACAAUACGGAAUGCCGACACACAGGGUCUAUUCCCACUCGUGGGUGUCCACAACACUCAUGGAGUGGGAAUCGAACUUGUGGUGAACCACCGAGCCCGCAAGGGGCUCUGGUGCACUCAUCCCCCGCUGGCAUUCUGCUGCUGGGAUCCCGCGGUUGGUAUGCUGACCGACGGGAUCCCGGGGGCUGGCAAAGCAUUACCAACCCGCGUGUGCCUUAUGUUCCUAAUGCUCCUAGUAAAAGCACACAGACAUAAUCCUCACCUCACAGAGCCAUCUCAUUGUUUCCUACAUUGUUUAGGACAAGUUAUAUUUAUAUCAAUGGCUGGGAAAAUAUCUAUUCAAACAUAAAACCAUCUAAGGGAGUUUAACAGUUUUAUAUCUUAAUGCAGAAGAUGUGAUACUGUGUGUAAUGUAUGUUAUAUAGCGUUCUAAGCUGAAGAUAGAAAACUUCUACUUAUUUAUGGCCCAAUGCAACAUAAACAAAUGUAAUAUAUAAUAUUUAUAAACAUAUGGGCUACCGUUUGUAUAUACUGUACGUUGGAAAAGUCUUUCUUAGCAGUAUUUAAUAGUUAAAAAGUACUAUUUUUAUUAAAGGUAUUUUGAUUAUAGGAUCUCUAAACCCAAACUGCAAGUUGCGUUAUUAAACAAGGCUACUAAUCGCAGUAACAGAUCUGUAUGUAAACGUUCCAGGAGAUUACUAGAACUGAAGGUAUGUGAGUUGCAAUAGACAGGGGGGUAAGUUUACUAACAUCUAUUUAAGAUAGGAUGUUGCCCAUAGCAACCAAUUAGAUUCCAUGUAUUAUCUUCUAGAAGGUGAUAAAUGAGAAGUAGAAUCUGAUUGGUUGCUAUGGGCAACAUCCCAUCUUAAAUAGAACUCCCAUCUUAGUAAAUUUACCCCAGGGUGAGAUUUAUUUCCACACACAGGAGCCCUGAGGCUGAGGGCCGGGGUUACUAAGUACAGAGAGGCCUGCCAACAAGGAGAUGCAUCCGUGCCCUCAGAAUGGUGUUGCCGGCCCGCAUCAGCCACAGGCAGGAAUUUGAAAUGGGGCAUGGCCACCCCCUCCGCAUGCUUGGGGGAUGGUCCUGAACACCGGGAUCCAGACCGGAUCCCCUUGGUCAUGCUCACCAACAAGUACUGGGGCCUGAAAGUGCUCAUGGUGGCCCUGUGCACAGCCCUCUCCAAGGCACUGCCAGCCAGACCCUCAGCCUGAAGUUGUUGACAACAAAGGACAAUAGCAUACCUGUAGGCUGUACACUAAGUAUAAACCCAAUGCCAAGCAUCUCAGAUUUUGUCAGACCAUGGAAACUUUUACAUAUAUACAGCAGCUGUGAAUAUUAAUAGUAGAGUUUUAUAUGUUAUGUCUCAUAAUCAUGCAAAGAAUAACAUAAUAUUAUGAAUGUGAUGACAAUUUACAUGUUUUAGGACAUGAGAGGUGAGGUCAUUCAUGCAGAAAAAUUCUGUGUUUUAUGGUAUUUCACAAUAUGCAGACUGCUAAUGCUUUAUUCCAGGUAAGCUACUUAGUAAAUUGUAUUAAAAAAAGGUUUAUUUUCUAUUAUUACAUUUUUUUUUUAUACAUACUUUUAUUAAUAUGUUUUUUUUCC